CCUACUUAUACUCCUGUGUUGCUCUCGACGCGACACUCAAUCUCACCACACUCUCCACCACUCACUACAUCUAACACUUCUCACCUACUUGUGGUCUCUCUCAAACAAUCACCUUGAUCAACACUUGAUCAACAGAUACACUCUGUCACCAUGUAUCCCUUUCUCCCUUGGAGUCAGAACCAGUCGAGUGUGCGCUCCUCUCUGAGUGAAGCCACCACCAGCACUCAGAAUGUCUCCUUCAGCUUCAGCUUUGGCAGUUCCUGCUCUGCUACUUCGCUGCCACCCCCUCCACCUCCUUCGCCUACCGACUCGUUGCUCGACAUUACUCCUCGCAAGUGUUCCUUCUCCAGCGGUUAUGAGAUGAACAACUCGUGCGCAUUCCCCUCCUGGCCCAACCGACCUUCUCUAUUGAGCGCCGACUCGGAGAGUUCCACUGCCAGCGCCUAUCUUUCCGACGAAGACCUUCUGCCCAUGGGUUCUGGAUCCCCCUCGGAGAGCGCCAUUGACGAAGAAUCCGCGGCCCAUGACCCAACCAUGGGAGAUGGUGACCUGACGACCGAGCAGCAGAUCCAGAUGAUUCGCGCCGCAGCGGAAGAAGAAGCGCAGCGCGCGCGUUUCCUGGCUCAGGUGCAGGCCCAUGCGAGAGCACAGCAGGCCAUGCGGGUUGCACAGCUGGCAGCGGCAGAGCGCGAGAACGCAAAGCGCAAGAAGCGCAAGGCCGUCCCCGAAAGGAAACGUCGGACCGCCUCAGCUUCCAAGGCCACGGUCUGUCGCGCCUAAGAGCGAGCAGAAUUCUCUUGUUUCUUGUUUACUUCUUUUAUUUUUUUACUUUACCCCGGUCGACUGUAACACCAGCACGUCAAACCAAUCUUGCGCAUGUCAUGAUACCCCAC